UCACGGUGGCCCCGCCCCUUCCCCCGGACCAGGCUCGGUUGAGUCGUUGGAUCGAGGAGGAGUGCGGUUGGCGGCCGCGAUGGUCUGACAGAUGAAAUAGCGAAAAAAAGAAAGAGAAGGCGGGCGUCCUCCCACACAAAACAAUGUUCCCUAAAGGCAAAGGCACCCCGGUGCCAUCGGACAGCCAAGCGCGAGAAAAGUUGGCUCUAUAUGUCUAUGAAUAUUUGUUGCACAUAGGAGCACAGAAGUCUGCACAGACCUUUUUAUCAGAGAUCCGAUGGGAGAAAAACAUAACCCUUGGAGAGCCCCCUGGAUUCCUGCAUUCCUGGUGGUGUGUUUUCUGGGACUUGUAUUGUGCCGCACCAGAGAGGAGAGAGACGUGUGAUCACUCCAGCGAAGCAAAAGCCUUCCACGACUACAGUGCAGCAGCAGCCCCCAGCCCCGUGAUGGGAGGGAUGCCUCCUGGUGAGGGCAUGCCAGGAGGGCCGAUGCCACCGGGCUUUUUCCAAGGUCCACCUGGUCCCCAGGGCUCUCCUCACCCUCAGCCUCCUCCCCCUAACAGUAUGAUGGGACCGCACAGUCAGUCCUUCAUGUCGCCUCGCUUCGCUGGAGGCCCGAGAGGUCCCCCCAUGAGGAUGCCCAACCAGACCCCUGUUGGAGGACCUGGUCCUCAUCCCAUGUUGCCCAACAUGGAUCCUACACGACCACAAGGCCAUCCUAAUUUGGGGCCAAUGCAGAGAAUGAGUGGCCCUCGGGGCAUGGGGCCUAUGGGGCCUGGCCCUCAGAACUUCGGUGGAGGUAUGAGGCCUCCACACAACGCCAUGGGUCCUGGUAUGCCAGGGGUGAACAUGGGCCCGGGGACAGGUCGACCAUGGCCCAAUCCCAACAAUGCCAACACUAUGCCUUACUCAUCACCCUCUCCUGGUGCAUAUGGGGGGGCAUCUGGUGGUGGAGGUCCUCCAGGAACUCCCAUCAUGCCCAGCCCUGCAGACUCAAACAACUCUGGUGACAACUUGUAUACUAUGAUCAACACUGGACCAGGCAACCGAAAUAAUUUCCCCAUGGGCCCCGGCUCUGAUGGGCCACUGGGAGCCAUGGCUGGGAUGGAACCACACCACAUGAAUGGAUCACUAGGCUCUGGAGACAUGGAUGGAAUGAACAAGAAUUCCCCAAACAAUUUAAGUGGCAUUAGCAAUCCUCCCGGGACCCCGAGGGAUGACGGAGAGCUGAGUGGAAACUUCCUCCACUCCUUCCAGAGUGAGAAUUACUCUCCAACCAUGACGAUGAGUGUGUGACCCUCCUCCUUCCCACCUCCAUCCCACCACCCCUACCCAGCAUUAUUUGCCAUCAUUCCAAGGAUCUCAACUUGGCCAAACACAUCAGCGCCAAAAUCAGGGACAGGCGCCAUUUUGGUUCCACACUAAUGCCAGAAUGCAAGCGACCACUGCUCCUUACUCAAAAUGAAGGACGAUAUAUUUUCUUUUUCCCAUUUAAUACAGCCACACAUGUGACGAAAACCAGCUACUGAAAUGCAAACAUGACACAUUUUAUGUUCCUUUUGCAGAAGUCCCUAACCUCCCAGCCCAAGUCCCAUCAACCUCCUCAGUGAACAGGGAAAAAAUGGUUGAUGUUUACCUCUUGUACUUUUCAAUGAUCGCUUCGUGGUGCAAAAAUGUGCAGGAAAUAUCUGCUUUUGUCAUUUUAACACUGGAGAGUGUGCAUAUGCAUUGUGAGCUUGGAAAGUCUUUGUCUUGUCCUUUUUAUUUUAUUUUUUAUUCUUUGCCAUGCAUACUGUCUUACUAUUUCAGGUGACAUAGGACUCAGAAUUUGCCUUUUUACCCUGCGGCCACCUUUAAUAAUAAUGUGCUAUUCCCCCAGAACCAGUCCUUCUAUUUAAAGAGAUUUUAGAGGGGAAAAUGUGUGAGAGAAUUGUGGCUUUUAGUUCUUAUAACGUCAUAUUGAUCCAGUUUGAUCAGUUUCCGGUCUAUUAUCGACAGCUGAAAGGCUCCGCUCUCUGAGCUGUUUCAUUCCAACAGCUGGAUGCUGCAGCGGCUGUUUGCUGUCACGGGAAGCCAGACGUUGGCAUAGGAAGUGAGUGCAUGAGUGCUGAGGGUUUGUGUACAACAUACUACCUAGUGCUGCUCUUCUCUAUGUGGACACCUGCUUUAAGAUGUGGUGUGUAUCUCCUUACCUGCCUGUGCUUAAUCCUCUGUGCUCCUCAUCGUUGUAGCCUUCAGUGUUUUGUGUCUGCUUUAGGUUUUGUUACGCUAAAAUGGCUCAUUUGUUUAUAUCACUGGUCGUUCCCUUUGCCCCCUGGUUUCCUUUUGCCCAUUGUUUUUUUUAUUUUUUUAUAUUUUGAUUAAAAAACUUUGACUAUGUAUAUUGCUCCAAUUAUUCAGUUAGACAAAGCUUUCUAAACUGAUUCUAGUAGGCGUCAUUAUAAAGUUAGCAGCAGUCUUGUAAAUGUGAUGAGAAGUUUUGUUUUAUUUUGUUUUUCCUGUGAACAUUACACAUUAUUCACAUCUGUCCUAUGUUGCCUUUAUUUGCUGAUAUUUUUUUAUUUCAAAUUGAGGAAAGAUUGCUUGUUAAUAUAAUUUUACAAUAACUUA